AAAGGCAAACUCUCUGUGCGAAGCAUAAAUGGUUCGACAUUCAAGCAAUUCAGUGCAUUACAAUUUGGAAUAAUUCGAUCAAAUUGUUGUAAAUUAGCUAACAACUGAUGGAAAUAAAUCAUAGGUGGUGAAUUCAAAGCACUAAAUGCAGCACAAAAAGAGAAAAACACUUGUGAAUCGUCCAAAGUUCGUUCUAUAAUUGAUCAAAAAGAGCAAAACAUUGUACCUCUGCCUCAGCAAUCAGGGUACAGCUGCUGUGUCAUCCUAUUGCAGCGCUUCCAUCUCGAAAAAUGUUCGCAAGACUGAGUGUAGCAGUAUUGAUUCUCAAAAUCAGUCUCGCCACAGCAUAUCGUCCAGUUUUUAUCUACCAUGGCAUCCUUACCGGUGCCGAUAGUAUGACGCACUUGGUCAACAGGAUUCAGGAGGUCCAUCCAGGUACGGUGGUGUACAACUUUCAGCGGUUCGGAGGAUGGUCUAGCUUGGAAAAUGCUUGGCAUCAGGUGCUAGAGGCUCAGACUAAUCUGAAAACGGUUUGUGAUCUACACCCGGAAGAGGGAAUAAAUAUGAUCGGAUACUCUCAGGGUGGUUUACUCGGUCGUGCGGUGCUUCAAACAUACCCGGAUCAUUGUGUUAAAGCGUUCAUCUCGCUUAGCUCACCACAAGCAGGCCAGUUUGGAGAUGAUUUUUUGCAUUUAAUAUUUCCCUCGCUGGUUGCUAAAACGGCGUACCAACUAUUCUACACCUACGUCGGACAGCAUACCUCGGUCGGCAACUACUGGAACGACCCGCAUCAUCAGGAUCUGUUCGAAGAGUUUAGCAUCUUUCUGCCGUACGUGAAUAAUCGCAUUCUAUCCGUUAACUCUACCCAAUUUCGUGAUACACUGAUUCGUUUGGAGCAUCUGGUACUGAUCGGUGGUCCUGACGAUGGUGUCAUUACGCCGUGGGAAUCUAGUCACUUUAGCUUCUACAACACCUCGUACGAUGUGGUACCGCUGCACGAGAGUGAGAUUUAUACCGAAGAUUUAAUAGGGCUGAAAACGCUGGAGGAAAGCGGUCGAUUGCACAUCAUUGUGCGUGAAAACGUACAUCACUAUCAGUGGCAUCGGUCGAACGAUAUCAUUGAUAGCAUUAUUUUGCCUUAUCUUGACUAGCUGUUAGCACGCAAGGGGUUUUUUGAUAUUAAUUAAAGUUACCGGUUCUUAGCGAGUCAGGUGCCUACAGGUUUUAUAACACAUAUGACAAUGAUUGAAAAUAGGAGAGGGUUUUAAGCUUUAAAGCUACAAUUCAUUUAAGGCUGAUUUUGUAAUGUUUUCAAAUAGGAAGACCAAUAACAUGCAUCCACUAGUGACACGAUCUUCACUUGACCAGGACAAUAAAGUAAGAAAUUAGAGCAAACAA